AUGACGCAACCUCCUCUGUUCGGCCAGCAGCUGUUUCUGUCGCCCGAGCUGACCAUGACCGACAUCACGGCCAUCCUCUACACCAUGGCGCUGUGGGCGAUGAUGAUCUUCCUCCCCAACUGGGAGUACACCAUCAAGCUCCUCCGCACCCCGUUCUGCCUGCUGCCCCACCUGCUCCUCUACACCCUCAACAUUCUGCCUCACUACCCGCGCAAGCUCGACCUCUUCAUCCACCCGACCGUCAACGCCACCUACUCGAGCGUGCUGCUGGGCACCGAGGGCCUGGACGUGCUGGCCGCCACCCACUCGCUCGAUCUCCACCUCCUCACCCUCAAUCUCUUCGUCGGCCGAUGGAUCUUCUGGGAGGGCCGCCACAACAUGCCCCACGCGCUCCUCGCCGUCUGCCUCUUCCUCACCAUGUGGAGCGGCCCCGCCGGCCUCGCCUUCUACCUCCUCGCCUACAAGCUCCGCGAGAACAUCAAGUUCUAA